CACGGGUCAAAGUUAAAAGCGUAGAAAACAGAAACAGCAUGGAGACGGAUCGCAUACUUAGUGGAUCCACCGCAAAAAACACCAAAAAAGGUGGGAGAAGCAGCAAAACACUGACUGAAGAAGAAGCAGCUAGAAGGGCAGAGGUGUUGAAGGAGAGCUUGAGGGAGAGGGUGGAGUUGGAUAGAAGAGCCCUGAAGGUGGUGGAGCGUCUCUUGGAGGACAGAGUGACUGAAGACUUCCUGGUUGACUGUGCAAGGUUCAUUUUUCCUGCUAAUUACCAAGAUGCUGUGGAGGAGAGGUCCAUCGCUAAACUUUGUGGCUAUCCCAUAUGUCCAAAAAAACUGGACAAGAUCCCAACUCAACAGUUUAAAAUUUCUACCAAGUCAAAUAAGGUUUACAACAUCACAGAGCGCAAGCUUUUUUGCAGUAACUUCUGCUACAAAGCAUCCAAAGAGUUUGAGCUACAAAUAUCAACAACACCUCUUUGGCUCAGGCAUCACGAGAGUCCUUCAGAAAUUAAAUUGAUGAAGAAAGGAGAUUGUGGGAGUUCUGGUGAGGAGGUGUUGCUGUCACAGAAGCGUCUUCAAGAGGAGGACGUCGAGGACCCGCUGGCUGCUCGACCCGAGGACCCUCACUGCUCUCAGCAGCAUCGAGAUGCAGCCAGCCGAAAUCACAGUGACAAUAGCGACAUUGAGCAGGAGCAGGACUUUGUCUCCAGCGUUGUCUCGAAGCGGCAGGGACCCAGGGUGCAUUGGGGUGACCUGCCCAAACGUUAUGAUGAAGGUGUAAAAGGAGAAGGAGGGAGAAUGGAGAGGCAAAGGAAACAGAGGAGGGAGGGGGUUGAAGAGGAAACAAAAGAUGAACGCAAAAAGCAGUCUCUUUCAUGUAAAACAGAAUUUGACCCUGAAAACCCAAAACCUCAGCUCUCAUUAAACAUAGACAAACCUAAUGAGGAGAAGGUGACAGAGGAGGAAGGAUGGCAUGAAGAACCUAAUGUGAAGGAGGCUACAAUUCAGCUGAAUUUGUGCAGUUUAUCUGAGACAAUCACUCCCACUGCUCCCCCGCCUGACGACUCAACAGCCAAACAAUCAGAAAAAUCACAUCCUCUCGACUCUGCAGCCAUUAAAGAGUCAACCCAGACAACAGAGAGCAAACAUUCCCCUUCAUCUACUCUGAACAGCCAAAGCACUGUCCUGACAGAACAACCGGGCCUCAACAUCACCCAGGUUGGUAUGAGUAAAAGAGGGGCAGCGGGGCUACAAGACCUCCUCAAGAACCACACAGCUGGAGCCAGAGCUGAAUCCAUCCGCCUGAAUCUCCUCAAGUGCCUGAGGAGGACUUUACAGGAGUGGAGCACUGACGACACUCUGAAGUUCCUGUACGGCGCUGAUCAUUCUCUGGGCGCUCCUUUCGCUGAUGUUAAAGAGAAAGAAGAGGUGCAAGAGGACGAGGAGCUGGAUGAAGACGAUCUUGAGGUGACAAAUGAGGCUACAGGAGAGGUUGAUGCCUGGGUGCAGGAGAGACCGUCUGCUGCAGCUCCAGACUACGAGGCGCUGAGGAAGGAGACUCAGCAGCUGGAGCUGAGUGUGAGGGAGUUUUAUAAAGGGACCUGGAUCCUGCCUGAGGAGGGAAAGGAGUCAAGCAGCGACAAGGUUUCAGUCGAGGAGCAGAGCCGGAAGGACCCCGCUCUGCCACUUGUGGACUCUCAGGCUCAGCAGCUCAUCCAGAAACGUAUCACGGUGGAGAAACUCAACAGCUGUCUCAGAAACAUUGUCGGUCCGCUGUGUCUCACCAUGAGUGACGUCUCCACUGACCUGAACAACCUGGUCAGAACAUUUAGGUUCACCAACACAAACAUCAUCCACAAGACUCCAGAGUGGACCCUCCUCGCUGUUGUGCUUCUCCAUUUGUUGUCUGAGGUUUCUCCAGUGGUGCUUGAGGCUUUGAAGAAGCCGGAGUCCGACGACUAUCUGAACACACUGAUGGAGGAACAAGGCCUACACGAGCAGGACCUCCUGAACUUAGUCCGGAUGUAUAAAACCUCGGCACACUAACACACGCACACAGCCAGAUAUGUAAAUCCAGUACACACUCAGUAUCUAAGACUGAUUUAAAUAAAAAUGUGGGUAUGUUUGUUUUCCCCAAAUAACAUUUGUUGUAAUAAAUUUGAAAACUAAA